CUCUCCUACUUCCCGGUUUCCCCCUCCACUCCUUUUCCACUUUUGCUUUUCGUGCUCCCUCGAGUCCGCACCGCUGGCACGGCUGGCACCGCCACCAAUAUGGCGUCCCAGGAGCGGUGUCGUUUGUUAAACAGUUUGAGUCAGUGCGCAUUUUCGUUUCUACUCGUGCUUUGUUUGUCGUGCUGCGUGCCCCAGGCGGAUUCGCACCAAGGCGGCCCCGCGCCCAACAGAGAGGACAAUGUCGUCGGUUCCCUGGCAGGCGGCCCCCAGCUCGCGAGCUCCAAGCUCUUGAAGCGAGCGGCAGCCGAGCACGCGAGCCCGGCCAGCUCUUUGAGACUGGCCGAAACACCUCAAUGUGCCAGUGAUUUGAAGGCGCUCUGCGCUCCGAGUCUUCUCACAAACAAUUUUAACGUGCUAGACUGCGUUCAAAACGCUCAGAGGAAAGAGGAUGCGAAGUUGUCCGACGAGUGUCAUCACCUGUUGUGGACGUUCAGGCGUAACGUUACACAAGAUGAACGUUUCACUGCAGCAGCAAAGCAGUUCUGUUCGAAUCUUCUAAAAAUGUACCCCAACUGUGAUGCGUCGGAGAAAGGUCAGCUCCUAGCUUGCCUCAUGGACCACUCGGAGAAUGCAACAGAUCAGCAGUGCCGGGGGUUGCUGAGUCGCAUGGAGUCUGUGGUGUUUUCGGACUACCGACUGGUGUACCGCUUCACCGAAGAGUGCGGUGAAGACAUAAAUAGGCUCAACUGCGGUCGGAUCUCCAAGGAUCCCGAGGAGCGUCACUCGCAGGGCCAGACGAUUGAGUGCCUCUCAAAGGCAAGCGAGCAGCUGAGCAAGUCAUGCCGCAAGGAGAUCCUGCACCUGGCCCGCAUCCAAGGGGAGGACUUCCACCUCGACCGGCCGUUGUUCUUUGCCUGCCGUGAGGACCGGCAGCACUUCUGUGCCAACGUGGCUUCGGGCGAGGGACGCGUCUACCGCUGCCUCCUCAAGCACCGCUCGGACCGUGACAUGAGCCAGGAGUGCCGGGAGAAGCUGGUGCAGCGUGAGCAGCUGAUGCUGCAGGACUACCGGGUGAACCAGGGCCUGUCAACAGCCUGCUUCAAGGACAUCCGCAUGUACCACUGCCGGGACAAGACUUCGGAGCGGCGGGAGUUCCGCCUUGCCCAGAUUCUCCUCUGCCUCGAGAACGCCAUUCACAAUGACUACCCUGUGGUGCCAGAAUGUCAUCGGGAGAUCCUGGAGCACCGGCGGUUUCUCAUGGAGAACUACCAGCUGACGCCGGACCUGGCUGCAGCCUGCGAAGCAGAUAUUGGACACUUCUGUCGUCCCCGGUUGGAGCAGAACGGCCGCACUCUGCACUGCCUGAUGCGCAACUCGAGGCCAACUGUGCCAGGUGCCAAGCGCGUCUCCGACCAGUGCCGCCGCAAGCUGGAAGAGGUUGUCAAGUUGACCGGUGCUGGGGAAGACUGGCGGGUGGACCCCGUGCUUCAGGAAGCCUGCCAGCCCGUCGUCGAUGUUCAUUGCAAGGAUGUCAAGCCUGGCCACGGCAGAGUCAUGUCUUGCCUCAUGGACCACGUGAGCAGCUACCACAUGAGUGACAACUGCCGGGAGGCCCUGCUUCAAAUUCAGUACUUUGUGGCUCGAGACUUCAAGCUAGACCCUGUGCUGUACAAGGAGUGUAAGACUGAGGCCUCUACAUACUGCAAGGCCAAGAAGGAGUGGCACGACGACCCGAGCAGGAUGGACCCCGAGCGGGGGCCCAUUGUCUUGCCUUGCCUCUACCGCUAUGCCUACCACCCUGACAAGAGCGUCCGGUUGUCGAAGCCGUGCCUUUACGAGAUCCGGCGAGUGAUGCGCCAGCGGGCGGUCUCCAUCGACCUUCAUCCAGAGAUUGAGGAGCCCUGUAUGGUGGACCUGGCAAGCCGGUGCAGUGACCAGCUGGGACCUGGCCAGGAGAUGCAGUGUCUUCAGGCCAACUUGGAGAAACUGAGCCAAGAGUGUAGUGCGGCGGUGUCCAACUACACGGAGGAAGAGGCUGAGCACCUGGAGCUCAACUACCCGCUCUACCACACCUGUCAGGCAGUGCUUAAGGACCUCUGCAGCAGUGCACUGUCCCAGGACGUUGACCAAGGAGACCUGCUCAAGUGCUUGGUGGACCACAAAAACAACCCCCGCAUGAAAGAGGACCAGGCUUGUCGCGUCUCGCUCGAGCACUUCCAGCUGAUCUCACUCAAGGAUUACAGGUUUAGCUUUGCGUUCAAGCAAGCUUGCAACAAGGACAUCCACAGCUUUUGUAGUCACGUCAAGACAGGGGCAGAAAUGGUUGGCUGCCUUAGCAAAGUGGUGCUAGAUGAUGUGAUGAACGAGAAAUCCCCCAGGGUGUCACCACGCUGCAGGAAUCAACUGAGGGUUGAGCUCUUCCAAAGGGAGGAGAAUAUCAAGCUGGACCCAAAACUGGACACAGCCUGUUCUUCCGAUCAGCGAGAUUUCUGUGCCAACGUCAGUCCUGGGGAAGGCAGGAUGCUGGAAUGCCUGAAGAAGCACAAGGCAAAGCUGUCGCGUGCCUGCCACCUGGCCAUCUUCCGCCGGGAGCAGAUGGAAGCUCAAGACAACACGCUGGACUACACAUUAAUGGCAGCCUGCAAGCCGGCCUUGCACCGCUUCUGCAGCGACGUGGAGCCGGCCAAUGCCCUGCAGUGCUUGGCAGAGCAUCGCUCGGACCCGCAGCUGGACGAUCGCUGCCGGGGUCUGGUCCAAAGGCGUCUGGUAGAGCACAACACAGACUACCGGCUCAAUGCCAGGCUCCAGCAUGCCUGCCGCAUGGACAUUGCCAAGUUCUGCUCAGCGUUGGUCCUCGACAAGGCAGCCCAGGAGACUGAGCUUGAGGGCAAGGUUAUUCAGUGCCUGAAGAUGCAGUUUGUUCGACGCCAACUGACAAAGACCUGCGAGCCUGUUGUGAUGGGAAUCGUGAGGGAUGCUGCACGUGACUACCAGCUCGACCCUGUGCUGGCCCGGGUUUGCUCUUCUGAGAUCCAGAACCCUUGCAAGGACGAGCAGGAUAUGGAAGAGUGCCUCAAGACUCGUUUCCAGAAUAGAGACAUCAAGAAUCCAGAGUGCAAAAAGGAAGUGGCCCGGUUGAUCCACGAGGGCAAGGCAGAUGUCCAGGCUGACCCGAUCUUGUACAAAGCCUGCCUGCACGACAUCAAGCACUUCUGUCACGGGCUGACGGCAGGUCACGGGAACUUGCUCUCCUGCCUGCUUACUGGCCUGGAGUCUGAUACGGUUGUUUUGACUGACGAGUGUCGGACAUUGCUUUCCAAGAGAGUUGAGAUGUUUGAAUAUGCUGCUCAAGUUGCUCCUGUGGAGACAAUCCGUGAUGUAGUACAGCAGCUUGCAAACUCUCCCUCAAGAAACUAUUUCCUUGUGGUUGCCAUGGCUAUCCUGGGAGUCAUCUUUGUGGGCGGACUCUUCUGUGGGCGUGUGACCAAACGUGUGCCUGCCAGCUUCAAGAACAAGUGAUGGGGCACGUCGUUAGAUUGCCACCAAUAGCAACCAUGGGACGCUCACCAGUGGGAAGUGUGCCACUUCUCUCGGAGAAACUCUUCCAAAUAUCCCCGCAUUGAUAGGCCAUGGAAAUGUGGGAAGUCAUCUGCUUUGCAUUUCAUUUUGGCUGCUUCGGGGUCAAUAAGCUUUUUUCUCACGUUGAUUGAAAUGGGCGAGCCUUGCUGCACACUUCAUUUGGAAGAUUGCAUUUGUAAGAAGUGGCGCUGUAUGAAAUUUAAUGGCUCGCGAUGCAGCCCGUGGAAUAUUAGAUCAAAUGCAUACAACAUUACCUCACACCUGAAUCCCUCCGUAGCCUCAUCAAAAGUCAAAUGUGAUAUGCAUAAACUCAUCAGCAGCUUGAAGCAGCUGGGGGCCUAAAAGAAUCAUACAUUUCAAGAGGACACAGAGAGCCAUCUUCAGAUUUUCAUUUUUGCAUCCGCAGUCUGCUAACCCUUUGCGACUAUUAUAGUGCUGGCAUUUCACUGCUGACGUCGUCGGAAUUUUCUAUAAAGUUGGACUUAAUUCUUUUAGCCUGCUAUGAUGCCAUAUGCUAAUUUGGAUGCCUUUUUUUUUUAAGAAUUUUUUUUGAAUUGUUAUGAUGUUAAAGUGACCUAUGGAAUGGGCUUUUCUUUUUCAUAUAUUUUGUGUGGAUUGUAUACUAUUGCAUUUUGCUAUACAUUUCUUGUUUUAUUUUUCAUUUGUGCUUUAUUCAAGUUUUUUUAGUUUGAAGCUUUGACACCCAAAUUUUGACACUUUACAUGUUUUGCCAAGAGUUGCAGUCGGACAAUUUAAGAAUGAUUUUGAAUGUUAUUGAGGUUUUGUUUUUUAAUUCUAACGUGAACAUUGUUUACCACCUGUCCUUAUUACAUUGUUGAUGAUGUGUUUUCAAACCUCUACUGUAUUUUAGCAUUUUGCUAGUUUUGCUGCUGAAACCAUAAACCUUUUGGGUUGUUUUCAGAAAGACAAUCAAGUGAAGUCUGAUUCACAUAUAUUGGAUUAGCCGAGUUUGCUCUGACCAUGCUGCAUUCUCCACAGUACUUAGAGUGAAUGAUGUAACAGAAUUGAUACAUAUGUUUGUGUUCAUGGCUUAGUCAUAACCAUUUCAAAAUUGUCAUGCAAGUUUCAGUGCUAGACAGCUAAAAAGUUUAUUUGUUCCUAAAAAAAUUUAUAAAACUUUUUUUUUUUUUUUGGUGGUUGGUUGUUACGUAAAAAUGGUUGCUUGGCAGUCCCGUGCCAUUCUGGCAGAGAUUGUGUUUCGAAGGACAACCUUUGAGUAGUGGAUUGGAACUCCAUCCACGGGCACUUUUCUAUGUGCUAAUCUAGUCGAGCCUACUGAGAUCCUGUUGUCCAUGAGCCAUCUCAGUCUUCUGGUUACUGCUUGUAAGAACCAGCACAGGUGUGCAGAAUUAUAUCAGCACCCAUUGAAAGUCCUGUACACUGUAAAUAGGAAUGCACAGUCCGAAACCACCAUCCACUUGGUGGUUUGCUCUGAGAAUUUGUUUGUCAAUAUGCUGCUUAUAUAACUAGAGGUGAUAAUCUCUUCCGCCACGCACACUCCCUUUUUGUCCUGGUUGUCAUUGUAUGAUUUGCUGCCAUCUAGUUCCUGCACAUCGUUCCUUGGCUCCAUUGAUGAUAGCUUCUGUGUUGGAUGUUUUGGGAUGUCACACCUUUUCUGCAAGUGUGUGAUGGGGACAGAUACAUUAUCAAAGUGCGAUUAUGGUAAAGAGGCAUGCUUUAUUGCCAGCGGUACAGUUGAGAGUUUGAGAUGGUGGCCAUCAUAACCAGUAUGUAAUUGAUGUACUAUUGUACAUAAACAAAUAAAAUAUCCUUUUUUUUCACACGA